GAUAGUUUUAUCUCUUAAAAGUUUUUGCUGUAGACCUAAGACGCAAUCGGAUAUUUCGAAAUUAUUUUUCAACAAGACUACGGACGCACACAACAUAUACAAAAGGCUAACAAACCGUCUCCACUCAGAAUCGUUUUAUUCGUGCACAGUGAUAUGAUUUCAUCAAAUUCAAAUUUAACACCACACAUUGCAGUGAUCCAUUAGUAAUUGGACAGUAGAUCRUCACCCACUUACCCGCUUUUUAUAUCAAUAAUACUGACAAAACAAAAUGGUGAUUAAAAUUAUCAUCAUCGGAGCUGGAGCUGGUGGUACAGCAGCUGCUGCUAGACUUAGCAAAAAAGGAUUUCAAGUAGAAAUUUAUGAAAAAAAUGCAUAUAAUGGAGGAAGAUGUUCACUAAUUUAUCAAAAUGGACAUAGAUUUGAUCAAGGUCCAUCAUUGUAUCUGAUGCCUAAAAUAUUUGAGGAGACAUUUGAAGAUUUGGGAGAGGACAUUAAAAAUCACAUAGAGUUAUUGAAAUGUCCAUCUAAUUACAGUGUACAUUUUCACGAUGGGGAAACAUACGAACUUACCACAGAUAUAUCAAAAUUAUCUCGUUCUAUUGAAAAAUACGAAGGUAGUGGUGAAUUGACAUUAACUAAUUUUUUGAGCUAUUUAAAGGAAACUCAUGUACACUAUCAAAGGAGCGUUAAAGUUGCACUAAAAACUGAUUUCCAACAUUGGUAUGACUUUUUCAAUCCAAAACAUAUACCAGACGUAAUCCAACUACAUUUAUUGGACACUGUUUACAACAGAGUUUGUAAGUAUUUCAAGAGCGACUACAUGAGAAAGGCGUUUUCGUUCCAGACUAUGUACUUAGGGUAA